AUGGCUAAGACUAAGACGACCACAAGAAAAGAAUAUCGGCGGUGUCCAAUGUGUUCGGAACCUGCAAAGACAGAGGACGAAUUUAAGAGGCACAUUAUGGUGUGUGCCAUGAGGCUGUUUGAAUGCCCAAUAUGUGAUUUCACCAACAGACCUAAUGAUGAACUUAUUAAACUGGGCCCAAAAGAACAAAAUAAGGAGAAGGCAGGUUGCUCGUUUGGUGAAGAAAACAAAGGUGAAAAAAGCGAAAAUGAAGAUUGGUUGUACCAAGACCCUGGUGAAGUUAUAGGCGAGAUAUCCUCUGCCAACUCAUCGAGUAGUAACUCAAGUGAUGAAAAUGAAGAAGAUGAUAUUGAUGAGCAGAAGGAGAAACAGGAUCCAGAGAAGACAGAAGGCAAUUUGUUAAAAGGAAGACUUUUCCGUAAGAAGACCCAACCGACUUGGCCAUUCACAAGAAAAAGACCAAGUUUGGAGGAGAUCCCCGUUCCAAAGAAGAUAACUUGUAUGGAUUUUUCCAUCCAGGUUGAUAUAGAACCAGCAGUCACUCCCGUAGAAAGUAACAGAGUUGAUGCUUACACACAGACAUCCUCAAAGAAGAGAGAAGUUGUGACCAAAACUACAAGAAAGUGUCGUGAAGGAGAGGCAGACAUCAGGGUCGUCACAAAGGAAAGAUUAUUUUACAAGUGA